GAUAUAUUUACAAUAUUUUUCAGCUCUGUUACUUCUAAUUUUUCCGAGAUUAACAGAAGCAAAAUCACCUAAAUUUACGAUUUAAUUUGUUAAAAAAAAAAAGAAGAAAAAAAGAGGUGAAAAUUUGAGUCAGUGUGAUAUAUACUAGGAUGAGCAGUAGCAAUUGUAUUGGAAUUUGUACCAUGAGGCCCUGUUGUAGAAUUCUGAUGGGCUAUGGCUACAGAAGCUACCGUAGCGCUUCGGUUUUCGGUUCUCAGGGACCGAAAUCGAGCGGUGCGGUUGUUGAUUUGGUGAAAUUACGAUCUACGAGUCGGUUCGGUAGCUGUAGUGGUGAGAGUGUAGGGUACAUAAGUGGAAUUGAUCCGAAUCGGAGAGGUUUUAAUGUUUCUGAUUCGGAUUGGGGUCGUCAGCCUAGGGUUGGUAAUGUUGGUGUAAAUAGAGUUAAGAGGGGUGUUUUAGUGAUAAGGAAUGUGGCGUCGGAUUUUAGGAACCACUCGACCUCGGUGGAUAGUCAGGUUAAUGGGAAGUCCUUUGAGAGUAUUUAUAUUCAAGGUGGCUUGAAUGUGAAACCUUUGGUGAUAGAGAGAAUUGAGACGGGGAAUGGUGAUGUGGUUAAAGAAGAGGAGUCUAGGGUAGAGGUUAAUGGCUCAAAUGUGAAUGUAAAUAUAGGUGGUACCGAGGGUUUGAAUGACUCCAGAGCUGAGAGAGAGUUGUCUGAAAUUGAAAAGGAGGCGUGGGGAUUGCUUCGAGAUUCGGUCGUUGAGUAUUGUGGGAAUCCGGUGGGAACUCUGGCUGCUAUUGAUCCGGCGGACAAGACGCCGCUCAAUUAUGAUCAGGUCUUUAUUCGAGAUUUCGUCCCAUCGGCACUCGCUUUCUUGCUCAAUGGAGAAGCUGAGAUUGUCAAGAACUUUCUGCUUCACACUUUGCAGUUACAGAGCUGGGAAAAGACAGUUGACUGUUACAGCCCUGGGCAAGGGUUGAUGCCGGCAAGCUUUAAAGUUAAAACUGCUCCUCUUGAUGGAAGUGAUGGAAAAUUUGAGGAAGUAUUAGAUCCUGACUUUGGUGAAUCGGCCAUUGGACGUGUUGCACCAGUUGAUUCAGGUUUGUGGUGGAUCAUUAUGUUGAGAGCUUAUGGAAAGAUCACUGGUGACUAUACAUUACAAGAACGGGUGGAUGUCCAGACAGGCAUAAGACUGAUUCUUAAUCUCUGUUUAACUGAUGGAUUUGACAUGUUUCCUACCCUGCUAGUCACCGAUGGUUCCUGUAUGAUUGACAGACGGAUGGGUAUUCAUGGACACCCCCUUGAAAUCCAAGCAUUAUUUUACUCAGCUCUACGCUGCUCCCGUGAAAUGCUCAUUGUCAACGAUGGAACAAAAAAUUUGGUGGCUGCUGUCAACAAUCGACUUAGUGCACUUUCUUUCCACAUCAGAGAGUAUUAUUGGGUGGAUAUGAAGAAGAUCAAUGAGAUUUACCGUUAUAAGACAGAGGAGUAUUCUACAGAUGCCAUCAACAAGUUCAAUAUCUAUCCAGAUCAAAUUCCUUCUUGGUUAGUUGACUGGAUUCCUGAUGAAGGUGGUUACCUCAUUGGCAAUUUGCAACCGGCCCAUAUGGAUUUUAGGUUCUUCACUCUUGGAAAUCUUUGGUCCAUUGUAUCAUCUCUUGGUACCCAACAACAGAAUGAGGGUAUUUUGAAUUUGAUGGAGACCAAAUGGGAUGAUUUCGUGGCACAAAUGCCUCUUAAGAUCUGUUACCCUGCCAUGGAGUAUGAAGAAUGGCGUAUAAUUACUGGUGCUGACCCAAAGAAUACGCCAUGGUCAUAUCAUAAUGGCGGAUCUUGGCCAACACUCCUAUGGCAGUUCACAUUGGCCUGCAUCAAGAUGGGAAAGACAGAAUUGGCAGAAAAGGCAGUUGCCUUGGCAGAGAAGAGGCUUUCUAUAGAUCAUUGGCCUGAAUAUUAUGAUACCAAAAAUGGGAGAUUUAUAGGCAAGCAAUCCCGACUUCACCAGACAUGGACAAUUGCCGGUUACCUAACUUCAAAAAUGCUCUUGGAGAACCCAGAGAAGGCAUCACUCUUGUUCUGGGAAGAGGAUUAUGAACUUCUCGAGACUUGUGUCUGUGCCCUCAACAAAACCAGUCGAAAGAAGUGUUCACGAAGGUCUCAGAUUCAGGUCUAGCCACAAGUACAUCUUUAUGCUUAUUGUGGGCACCUAAUCAAACCGCGUAAGUGCAUCCCGAAGCUCAAAGACAAUGUUUUUUUUUUAGCCGACUUAGUUCUCUCUAACAGCCAGUAUGUGUAAGAUAAAUAAUUCUGUUGAACAUACAUUGAAGUAGAGACUGAUUGUAAUGUAUUGAUGGAAGGCCGAGUUUUAUUAGAGCCUUCAGCCCAUCGGAAACUGUAGGGGCUUGACAAUUUGUCAAUUUCAUGUAUCACGCAUGUUGUUAAAAUAUUAUUUCAUUUAUC